UCUUCUAUUCAGCCUGAUGUCAAUACAUUAACUGCCGACUCUACUAUCUCUGCCUUGCCCUCUGCUCAGAUAGUCCCCAAUGUCAUUAGCGGAACCGGUGCAAGUACUUUGGAAUCGACAGAUCGCCACCCGGCUAGCCUGUUGGCUCUUCUGGCCGCCGAGGUUGGCUGUCGUGCUGACGAACAUUUGGUUGACAUUGAGCUAUACCUGGCCGACACACAACCAGCGUGUCUGGGUGGGCUGCAUGAAGAGUUUAUUCAUGCGCCCCGUUUAGACAAUCUAUUUAAUACUUAUGCAGGUAUUGUUGGCUUCAUUGAUGCUCUGGGCAGCCUGCCCGACGAAGUUAACUGCAGAGUUGCUUGUAUGUUCGAUCAUGAAGAAACAGGCAGCACUUCUACUCAGGGUGCCAACUCUACCUAUUCAAUGUCAGUGUUACGACGUAUCGCCACAGCGGUAAUGGAAAGCGCCGCUGUGAUGGAGCCGGGCACAACAAAUAUUUGA